UCUGUUUCCUCCAAUGGCUUUGUGGUGGUCACUCAUGUCAUGUGUACCCACAACAAGGGCUCAAAGUUCCACUUCACCCCAGAGCGGAGUUGCAUCAACUCCACCCUCUAUGCUUGGGAAAUUCCUUAAGGGAGAACCAGUUGCCCUGGGGACAGUUCAAAUAAUGAUUGGUGUAAUUAUAUUCUUGUUUGGAAUCGCUUCAACAAUUUCCGCCUAUGCAAUGUCCACUAUCUCUGGUAGGCCUAUGUUAUGGGGAGCCAUCAUGUACAUCACUGCUGGUUCCCUCACUGUUAGAGCCAAUAAGGACCUCAAUUCCUGUUUGGUCAAGGCCUCUAUGGUGAUGAACCUCUUCAGCUCAAUAACUGCAGUGAUUGGCAUAAUUAUGGAAAUUCUUUAUAUAGCUUCGACAGAAUAUCCUUACAGCUGUUACUAUCUCCCUUGCAAUAUGGAGGAAGAAAUGUUAUGGCCUUGA